UCAGAGAGAAGUUAGUGGGGCACAAAGAGAAAAAGCAGGACAGAGAGCAGGGCGCGCAAAAAGCCGCUGACCGCAUCCGAACUAUCAGUCCGCGCGCAGUCAGCGAUGGCUGCGUCCGCAUUCAAACGCUAAAAAAAAACCCUCUCCGUUUUCUAGUCAAAGUUUACUGGGAUUACUUUGGACACUUGGUGAGUUUGCGCCCUGCUGUAAACACUGACGUGUGCAGCUUCUUCUUCCUCCUCCUCCUCUUCUUCUUCUCUUUCUUCGUCUUCUUCAGUGUUUUGCCUCGCUGCUUUUGGACGGACGGAGUGAGGGGGUUGGGGGGCUCGGGGGGUGGCGGGGUUUUCUUGUUGUUGUGAAUUUUCGCCGCGUUCUCCUCCUCCUCCUGCCCAACUUUCGGGUGGAUUUGAGAGAAAUGAGUGAGAGGAGGCGAUCGGCCGCAGCUCUGAGCUCUAGAGCCCACGCGUUUUCCGUGGAAGCCCUGAUCGGCUCGAACAAGAAGAGGAAGCUCCGGGGCUGGGAGGAGAAGGAGCUGGAGUUGUCGAUGGAGAGCCUCGCCACGGACGGAGAGGAUCCGGCGCACUGUCUGGAUAUGGACCCGGACUCAGAGGCGAGCCCCGGCUCGGAUGGAGAGGGUCUGGCCGAGAGGACGUCGUGCUCCUUCGGCUCGCCCGCCGACCUGGCCCCGGGCGCCUGCGACGCCUCGCCCUCGGCCUCCAUGGAGGAGAUCCAGGUGGAGCUGCAGUGCGCCGACCUCUGGAAGCGUUUCCACGACAUCGGCACGGAGAUGAUCAUCACCAAGGCCGGCAGGAGGAUGUUUCCAGCCAUGAGGGUAAAAAUUGCUGGCCUGGACCCGCACCAGCAGUACUACAUCGCGAUGGACAUUGUGCCAGUAGACAACAAGAGAUACAGGUACGUGUACCACAGCUCCAAGUGGAUGGUGGCGGGAAACGCGGACUCCCCGGUGCCGCCGCGGGUUUACAUCCAUCCGGACUCUCUGGCUUCAGGAGACACCUGGAUGAGGCAGGUGGUCAGCUUCGACAAGCUCAAGCUCACCAACAACGAGCUGGACGACCAGGGACACAUCAUCCUUCACUCCAUGCACAAGUAUCAGCCUCGGGUUCACAUCAUCAGGAAGGACUUCAGCAGUGAGCUGUCUGCGAACAAACCAGUGCCGAGCGGGGAGGGAGUUAAAACGUUCAGCUUCUCCGAAACCGUCUUCACGACCGUCACCGCCUACCAGAACCAGCAGAUCACCAGACUAAAGAUUGAUCGCAACCCCUUUGCCAAAGGAUUCCGGGACUCGGGCCGAAACAGAACCGGCCUGGAGGCCAUCAUGGAGACGUACGCUUUCUGGAGACCUCCUGUGAGGACCCUCACGUUUGAGGACUUCACCAACAUGCAGAAGCAGCAAGGCGGCAGCACCGGGACGUCUCCCACCACCUCCAGCACGGGAACGCCUUCUCCAUCCGGUGCGGCCCACCUCCUGUCCCCGUCCUGCUCCCCUCCUGCCUUCCACCUGGCCCCGAAUACGUUUAACGUCGGCUGCAGAGAGAGCCAGCUCUGCAACCUGGGCCUGUCGGAGUACCCCGCCUGCGCCCGCAGCAACAUGGCGGCCCUGCAGGGCUAUGGCGGCCUGGCCGACGGCUCAUAUGGCCGCCUCCAGGCGGCAGGGGGAGCCGUGCCGUCCGCCCAGCCGUCCGAAUCCUUCCUGCCGCAGAGGACUUCCUCCCUGAUCGCCGCGGGCAUGCAAGGCAGCGCCCACGGCUCCCUGGCUGGCGGCGGAAGCGGUGGAGGCGGCGGCAGUGCUGCCGGCGGCAAGAUGGACGCCUAUGGCGGUCAGCUGGGCUCGUUCCCGGCCUCCCAGCUUCAGUACAUGAUGCAGGCCGGUGGAAGCUCCGGCUCCGCCUCGUCUUCUUCGUCGGGGUCAUCUCCGUCCUCCGCCCACAUGUUCGGCGGCGGCCACCACCAUGUGCAGCAGGGAUCUUACAACGCCUUCUCCCUCCACAACCCCUACAACCUGUACGGAUACAACUUCCCCGCCUCGCCUCGCCUGGCCGCCAGCCCAGAAAAGCCCCAGGGGGGGCUGCUCUGCUCCUCGGCGCCCGCCGGCGCCUUCGCUGAGCGCCAGUACCUGCCCAACGGCGGCAUGGACACGAUGCACAUGAUCGGCAACGCGGCGGGCGGCCAGCAGGGCGGCAGCUCCUGCGACGGACGUCAGUACGGCUCGUCCUCUCAGAUGUCCAUGCACAUGGUGUGAAAACCGCGACCUCGACCUUCUCCACGUCGCUGAAACGAUUUCAGGUGAAAAAAGGGAAGGAGGAAAAAAAACUGCAGUUGGUGAGUGUUGGUUUAAACCAACAGAGUUCACCUUUCAGAAACACGCCUACCACUCCAAACGCAAUAAAAACAAAAGCAGGUAUAAACUUCUAUUUAAUUAUUUUAUAAUGAUCUUGACAGCAGCUCAAUGUUCUUACUGUUCGAAGGCAAAUUUGAAGAAGUGGAAAUGGAGUAGAGAAGGAAGUCUAUGUGUUACGGUGCAAUAAUAAUAGAAACAGCUCCAGUGUCAUCCAGAGGUUUUUUUUUUUAUUUUUAUUUGUUUUUACUUCAACCAGCGCUUGUGCCGUUUCGGUUGAGGGACGUCAAAGAGUCAACAGCUCUGUGUGGAGUUUGAAGGCUUUGGACAGAAUGAAAGGGACAACUGGACAGCACCAGUGAGCGGUUCACUGCUGGAGGUGGAGGACCUGGGCGCGGUGGAGGCCGCUGACGGAGGAAAACAGAGCCGGUUCUUUUCGCUGUACAGUAAAAUGUGAGAACAGGACUCCAACCAGACAGCUUCACCCACCUGUUUUCCGCAAAAACUGGAACUCCUCACAAUGUUUCCGGGAUUUAUGUGAUUAUAUAUAGUUAUAUAUAUGCAUAUAGUGGAAAAGGAUUUGCCUCCUUGCAGAUUUUUUCUAUUUUUAUCACACCUAAAUGUUUCAGAUCAUAUCAGACAAGGAUAACCUGAGUAAAUACAAAAAUUAGAACCAUAAAAUGACUUUGGGUGUUUCCACACCUGACGGUCCGGUAGAUUCAUUUGGAUUUGUUACAUUCUCAGCAGUUUGCUUUCACACUUUGAAAAUCUUGUUCCCCUCCUCGCCUGUGGGGGCACUGCACAAAGAACUAAUGAAGGGAACAACACCAAAACUUCUAAAGAAGACACUGAGCACAACUUUGUCCUUCAAAAAUGUAAGUAGCGCCACAUUUUAGUGGUUGUAGGAUUUCUUUCACAUAUUUGGUGAAAGACCACAAGCCAUUUCUCCCUCUAGAGCUAAACACAAGCGUUUGUUCUGGUUACCCAUAAUGCCCUGCGCUACAACUUUUUGUUGUAGCGCAGGGCAUUCUGGACAUUUUGUUUCCUGCUUUUGGAGCGAUUUCCGGUUCACGUCCACUUCAACCGUACAGACCUCGGUUUGUAGGGGUUUGCUUUUUUGACUAGUUUCAGAGUUCGAUUGCGCGUUCACACCUCCCCAAAUGAACCGGACUUUCUAGACAAACGAACUAGAGUUUGAAUAAGUGCAAAACCUUUUUAGUAAUGACGAAAAGACGCAAUUUCCCAAUUCUGGUGUUACCAUUUCCCUUUUGUGGAAAUUUGCAGUCUACAGUUUUCCAGAACAGCUAUGGAUCCAACUCUUUCAAAUGACAAACUUUUGAUGAGCUUCUCAAUGCACCAGAACCAGAACUUUGUGAUGCACACCUGGCUUUGCAGGAGCCGGCUGCACAUUGUCCAAGGUGGCCAGUUCCGUCAAGUAAGGUGUGUUGCUGCUGUAUGCAAACUGGUGUAACUGGUAUGAUACAAAGUGUUUCCAAUGGAGUCUUUUUUAAAAUGCAUUCAUUUUGAUAUGGCCAAAAAACAACCUUGUCCUACAGAAAAUAUUUAUCAAAAAUUGUGAAUUUAUUUUAUUUUUUUUCCAAAAUUCCCAUGUUUCCAUUAAGCAAAUUUAUUUUCGCAAUUCCAGUUUGUAUCCAUAGAUCAGCUUGUGACCUUUAGGGUGAAGGGCAUUUGGAAUAUGCAGCAAGACAAAAUCCCAAAGCUCCAAAUAGUUUUGGAUAAAGACUGUGCUUAAAUCUAACCAGCAUGCUGCAGUUUCACCUUUUGCUCGUGUUUGAAAACUCCUCAAGGUGGCUGAAUAAAACCAGUCUGUGAAGUCAACCAGAACUCUUCGACAGUGAUAUCAAAGACUCAUUGUCCCAUAAUCUUGGGCAGUAGUGGCUCAGCAGGUUGGGGUUGCCCAUGUAGCCAAUGGGUUGCUGGUUGAGACCCCAACCCAGUCUGUCUCAGACUUUGCUGUUGUGUCCUUAGACAAAACGCUUCACCCACUUUGACUGCUGGUGGUGGUCAGAUUGAAUUUCAGACUCCCUUCUGUCGGUCCACAUCCAGAGCAGAUGUUGGUUAGCUUCGUUGUAGCUAUGAAUGAGCGAAUGACUGUAGCGUAAAGCGCUUUGGAGUCCUCUGACUUGAUAAAGUGCUAACAAGUGCAGGUUGUUUACUAUUUUAUUGUCUUCAGCCAGCUGUUAGUUUUAGAGGUCAAUGAUUUUCUCAUGUUGGUUGGAUAGUUAUUUUCAUCUUGGUUCACUAAAGUUUCAUAUAAAACUCCGAGUUAAAAUAAGACACAUUAAGUGUGUCAAAAAAAGUAAAAAUAGAAGAGCUCUUCCAGGAGACAAACACUUCUUCGUGGUAUUUUAUGUAUAUAUAUAUAUAUAUAUAUAUAUAUAUAUAUAUAUAAGAAAAAAGAUGGCAAAUGCAAUCAAUAUUAUAAGCUUAAAAAGUUGUUGUGUGAAAUGUUGAAUAAUAAGCAAUACUAUAAUAAGAGAGUAAAGUAUGUUGUGGUGUGUACUAAGAUGUGUAUUUAAGAGUUGACCAGUAUAGCAAUGUCACCUAUCUGUUAUUAAAAUGUGUGCAAACGGGAAUUAGCAAAGUUAAUCUGUUUUUUUUUCUUUUCUUUUUUUUGGCGUAGUUGUAAAUACAAGUGCCAAGCACAUGAAAAAAACUCAAAUAAACGUUUAUUUCAUGUAUGAA